AUGAAAAAGGAAUUUGAGAUGAGUGAUAUGGGUCUCAUCCACUACUUUCUCGGAAUUGAAGUUAAUCAAAAUGAAAGAGAAAUUGUCAUUUCACAACAAAAGUAUGCUCAUGAUUUACUAAAAAAAUUUCGGAUGGAAAAUGCUUCACCUUGCAACACUCCCAUGGAUGCAAAUUUGAAAUUGUGCAAGGAUGAUAUUGGAGAAGCAGUCGAUCCAAGUUUGUAUCGAAGCUUGGUUGGAAGCUUAAUGUAUUUGACAGCAACAAGACCUGAUAUUUUAUUUGCUGUAAGUAUGUUAAGUAGAUUUAUGACGAACCCGAAAAGAAGUCAUUGGGAAGCAGGUAAAAGAGUUCUUCGUUACAUUCUUGGCACCAUUAAUUUUGGAAUUUAUUACAAGAAAGUUUCAGAAUCAGUGUUGUUUGGUUUUUGUGAUAGUGACUGGGGUGGUAAUGUGGAUGAUCAUAAAAGUACAUCUGGUUAUGUUUUUAGUAUGGGUUCAGGUGUUUUUUCAUGGACUUCAAAGAAAUAA